AUGGCCGAGUACCAGCUCUUAGCCAUGCCCAGCUUCUUGGCACUCCUGGAUGCGCAGUAUGCCGCCAGCGCAGCCGGCCCAGCCGGACAGCCAGCCCGAUGGGGGCUCGUCAAUGCCGUUCUUGCAACAGCUCUGCGUUCCAAGAUAGCUCCAGGCGCCGAGGCUGAGCUGUCUGUAGUGGCCAAUGCUUUCUAUCGGAAUGCAAUCUCGGUCAUUCAGGAGCUCAUCCUCCAACAGCCGAGCCUGCUUUCAAUUCAAGCGCUGCUGGCGAUGGCCAUUUUUGCCAAGGACAUCCCGGACACCCAGGCCUAUUACAUGCUAUCAACAAAUGCGUCACGCCAGGUGGAAUCCUUCGAUAUCAGCAGCUCAACGACGGAUCCAGUAGACUUUCAACGAUACAAGCAGGUGUACCAGAUUGCCUAUAUGUUCAGCGCAGAUGCCACUCAAAGGCUCAAAAAUCGUCCUAUGGGAAAUAACGAGGGAGGGAGCGGUGGACAUGGCGUAUAG